CUAUCUUAUAUAUAUAAAUCUCACGAAACACACGCAUCUCUUUUCUUUCCUCAACUCCACGGCGUCGAUCCGAGGAGUUUGAGAAAACCCUAAUUCACUCUCUUUUACACUUUCAAUCUCUCUCUCUUUUUUUCCCACCACAAUCAAUCAGUCAUGGCAGGUGUUGCACCAGAAGGGUCCCAAUUUGAUUACCGACAAUUUGACUCCAAAAUGAGCGAACUUUCAGCUGAUGAAGACUUCUUCCGGUCAUAUGAUGAGAUCCAUGAAAGCUUUGAUGCCAUGGGUCUACAAGAAAAUCUAUUGAGGGGCAUUUAUGCAUAUGGUUUUGAGAAACCAUCAGCCAUCCAACAGAGGGGUAUUGUUCCUUUUACCAAGGGUCUUGAUGUAAUUCAGCAAGCACAAUCUGGGACAGGAAAGACUGCCACUUUCUGUUCUGGUAUUCUUCAACAACUCAACUAUAAUGCAGUAGAAUGUCAAGCUUUAGUUCUAGCACCAACUCGUGAGUUGGCACAGCAAAUUGAGAAAGUCAUGCGAGCUCUUGGUGACUACCUUGGCGUAAAGGUUCAUGCUUGUGUGGGUGGGACCAGUGUUCGUGAGGACCAGCGUAUUCUCUCAGCUGGGGUUCAUGUCGUUGUUGGUACUCCUGGGCGUGUGUUUGACAUGUUGCGAAGGGAGUCCCUUCGAUCUGAUCACAUAAAAAUGUUUGUAUUGGAUGAGGCUGAUGAGAUGCUUUCAAGAGGUUUCAAGGACCAGAUCUAUGAUAUCUUCCAGCUGUUGCCUUCAAAGGUUCAAGUUGGGGUGUUCUCUGCAACAAUGCCACCAGAGGCCCUUGAAAUUACCCGAAAGUUUAUGAACAAACCAGUGAGGAUUCUCGUCAAGCGUGAUGAGCUCACCUUGGAAGGUAUCAAGCAGUUCUAUGUUAAUGUAGAAAAAGAGGAUUGGAAGCUCGAGACCCUCUGUGAUCUUUACGAGACUUUAGCAAUCACCCAAAGUGUCAUUUUUGUGAACACCCGAAGGAAGGUUGACUGGUUAACCGACAAAAUGAGAAGCCGUGACCACACUGUCUCAGCCACACACGGUGACAUGGACCAGAACACGCGAGACAUCAUCAUGCGUGAGUUUCGAUCUGGUUCAUCUCGUGUUCUCAUCACCACUGAUCUGCUGGCACGUGGUAUCGAUGUCCAGCAAGUCUCACUUGUCAUAAACUACGAUCUUCCUACCCAGCCCGAAAACUACCUUCAUCGUAUUGGUCGUAGUGGACGAUUUGGAAGAAAGGGUGUGGCUAUUAACUUUGUGACGUUGGAUGAUGAGAAGAUGCUUGGCGAUAUCCAGAAGUUUUACAGUGUGACCGUUGAGGAGCUUCCAUCGAAUGUUGCCGAUCUCAUCUGAUCUAAUUUGAAAGAUUUGGCUCGUUUCCGUGUCUUCAGUUUUGAAACUGAUUGUUACUUUUGCUUUGUUUUAAGUUAUUGAAAGAUCUUUGGAGUUCAUCUUUGAUACUAGUAUUUGCAACCAUGUUUGUACUGUUUAAUUAUCUUGGAUUGUAUGAAAUAGGUAUUUGUUUGAA